CUGUCCUGUCACCCACUCUCUUCUUAUUAUUCAUCAAUGACUUCUAAACCAAACUUCUUGUCCUAUCUACUCCUACGCUGAUGAUACCACCCUGCGUCUUUUCAUAGACGUCCAACCCUUCAGGAAAUAAACAUUUCACACAGGGAAGCCACAGAAAGCCUGACUUCUGAUCUUUCUAAAAUUUCUGAUUGGUAUUGUUCAACGCCUCAAAAACUCAAUUCCUCCACCUAUCAACUCGAAACAGCCUUCCAGACAACUAUCCCCUCUUCUUCACUGACACUCAACUGUCCCCCUCUUCUACACUGGAUAUCCUCCGUCUGUCCUUUAUUUAUAAUCUGAACUGGAAACUUCACAUCUCAUCUCUAGCUAAAACAGUUUCUAUGAAGUUAGGUGUUCUGAGACAUCUCCGCCAGUUUUUCACACCCCCCAGCUGCUAACUCUGUACAGGGGCCUUAUCCGUUCAUGUAUGGAGUUUGCUUCAGAUGUCUGGGGGUGUUCCACUCAUACCGCUCUUCUAGACAGGGUGGAAUCAAAAGCUUUUCGUCUCAUCGACUCUUCUUCUCUAACUGACUGUCUUCAGCCUCUCUCAUUGCCGCAAUGCUGAGUCUCUAGCUGUCUUUUACCGCUAUGUUCAUGCUAACUGUUCUUCUGAUCUUGCUGAGUGCAUACCUCCCCUCCUCCCGCGGCCUCGUUGCACAAGACUUCCAUCUUUCACUCACCCCUAUUUUGUCCACCUCUGUAAUGCAAGAGUUAACCAGUAUUCUCAGGCAUUCAUCCCUUUCUCUGGUAAACUCUGGAACUCCCUGCCUGCUUCUGUAUUUCCACCUUCCUAUGACUUGAAUUCCUUCAAGAGGGAGAUUUCAAGACACUUAUCCUUCAAUUUUUGACUACCGCUUUGGACCCUUUUCUGGGACUGGCAUCUCAGUAGGUUUUUUUUUUUUUUCAUUGGAUUUUUGUUGCCCUUGGUCAGUGUCCCUCCUACAUAAAAAAAAAAAAAAAAACAUGGCAAGGCAUGAUACUCAUGACUCAUUCAACGCUGAAAAGAUGAUUGAUUCUGAAAAUAAAAGUAGAAACCCUGAUAGAGAAGGUAACCAGCUCAAAGGUGUUGCUGGCAAGAUGUGUUACAAGCACACAUCUGAUAAUCUCAAAAAUAUACUGUUCAAAGACCACAGAGAAAGUGUUAAGUGGUUUUUAUCGAGUAGGAACGCUCUGUACCCUUGUGAUGUUUUAGCCUUCAUCUGAGAUAUUUCCUCACUCCAAGAUCAUUAAUCUAUAACUAUAUGAAGGUUCAUCAUAAAACAUAAACAACAUGUAUUUGCUAAAACUUCACGGCACCUGCGAGUCUGUGACCCAUGCCGUACAUCAGGACGGGGACGAUGGUGACAUGCAGCAAUUACAAUUAUUAACUACAAGUAAUCUGGCAACGGUACGCCCGUAUCUCGGCCAGCAUACGUCAAACGGAGAGCUUGAAGGCAAAAUGAUUCCCUUCCCGUGUGUGGUGGUAUUGACAGCUGAUGGGAACAUGAGUCAUGAACCACAACAGAUAUGUAGCAGAGGCAUCACACAAGUAAUAAGGCAAUGGAGAUGCCUUAUUAACCAUCACGGAGUUGAAAGCAUAACUGUUACCAGUCACUGCUGUCAUCACACUACUUGGAACUGCAGAAACCAUGAUGGAAAGGACUCCUUGUUCAGUGUCAGUGACAAAGUGUAACUUGAAGAGGCAGGGAAGUUUUAAAGUAGACAGUGAGACUAGUUACAAUAAGCGUAUUGCGUGGAAAGAAAAAAGUAGCCGUCAUGCUGAAACUGAGGUGAUGGUGGAGCGUGUGAGCAGCACUACAGAGCAGAGUCCACUCAUAGCUCCCAGAAAGGCAUCGCUUCUAUCCAAGCGUGCAUCACUAGAUAAGAUACCAAUGUUACAAGACCAAAGAAACAGAAAAAAACAUAUGCAUUCAAAAAUACAUGAUAACAGAGAUGCAUCCAAGUUCAAACCAGCUAAGUCAUGUUGCUCAUCACCAUCGAGAAGAAGGGACAGGGACAGGGACAGGGACAGGAAGAGAGAGAAACAACACCAAGAGACACUUUCAGCAUCAAAAAGAGCCAGCAGAUCUCAUCCUCAAAGCUCCAUGAAGAAGCUGAUCCCAAGGAGAGAAAAACCAGUUGAUCCAGAGAUAUCCUCUUCCUCACUGGUCUUAAAAUCACGUGAAAGUUCCCUUUUCUCUAGAGCUGAGAUUAAGCCUGGGUCAUCCACUUAUGCUGGAAAGUCUAGUUAUAGUCAUUCUGAACGUGAUCCUAAGUCUCAUAGUAAAUGUGAAAAAUAUGUCCAGUCCUCAGGGCACUCAAACACCUCCAGAAAUCAUGCAUUCCAAGAGAACAGUAGCCAGGAUGCAAGCAGGCAGAAGCAUUACUGGCAAGAUGGAGAAAUGGGAAGAAGAGAAGAGAGCCUCAAGGAAAAUAGCAUUUUAUCUGAAUCCAGCAAGAACAGGAAAUCAUACCCAUACAAGGAAAUGGUGGAGAACAAAAUCAGAGAAAUCAGAAAUAACAUAGAGAAGAUGAGCAGUAAAGAAAUGGUAGAGAAAAAAGUCAAAGAAAUAAGAAGUAAUUUAGAGAAAAUGAGUAAUGAUCUCCCCCAAUCAUUGAUAGAAUCUCUGGAAGCAGAGUCAGAGUCAGCAUCAGAAGAGAAAGAAGGAUGUGAUGAGGAAUCCAAGGAGGAGGAGAGCCAACUUGUUCCUUUUCUCCCCUCAUCCCGGUGUUGUUCACCACCUCCCCGUCCAGCCGUUGUGGAGAAGUAUUGGUCAGAUGCAGAUGAGACAGAAGAUGAAAGUGAUUCAGAAAAGCACUUAUUGCAUGUUAAUUCUGUCAACAUUGUGCUAAAUUAUUUGAAAAAUAAUUCUGAGAAAUAUUUUGUUGAUGGGAAGGAGAUAAGCAACCAAAUUACAAGUUAUCAGCCCAUGAAUGCUAAGCAUAAAAAAUCAAAAGGGAACAUCAAAGAAAGGCUAUCAUUUCCAUCUGACUUAAAAUCACACAAUACUUGGUCAAAGUCAGGGCAUUUCAGGGAGCGCUCUGGAGGCUCUGCUGUGCAAAAGAAUCAGUCACAAUCUUCUAUAUAUCCCUAUGGCCUUGGUCCCUUAAUAUCAAAGCAACAGGCCAAAAGUAGGGAUUCAUGUUCCAGACCUCCUUCAGGGGACACUGACUUCUUUGACAGAAAGUCAUUACAUUCUCCCAGUCAUGACCGUCAUCAUUACAGGAGUCUACACUCUCCAUUAAGUUUACAAGAGGAUUUCUCAACAAGCAGAGGCUCACGUUCUCCAACAUGGUGUGAAGAUCACGAAUAUAGACAUUCACUUUCCUACAAAGACAGGAGAGGUUUCCAGAGGGAUAGAGAAUCAUGUUCACCUUCAAGACACAGGAGAGACAGAGCAUCAUGUUCACCUCCUAGAUACACAGUAUCACAAUCACCUUCAAGACACACGAGAUAUAGAGAAUCAUGUUUGCCUCCAAGAUGCAGAGGUUCACGUUCACCUUCAAGACACACAAAACACACAGGAUCACGUUCACCUUCAAUUCACACAGGACACAUAGGAUCACGUUCACCUCUGAGACACACAGGAUCACGUUCACCUUCAAGACACACAAGACACACAGGAUCAUGUUCUCCAAGAUGCAGAGUUUCACGUUCACCUUCAAUUCACACAAGACACGUAGGAUCACAUUCACUUCUCAGACACAGAGGAUCAUGUUCGCCUUCAGUACACACAAGACACAUAGGAUCACAUUCACCUCUGAGAUACAGAGGAUCACGUUCACCUUCAAUAUACACAAGACUCAUAGGAUCACAUUCACCUCUGAGACACAGAGGAUCAUGUUCGCCUUCAAGACACACAAGACACGUAGGAUCACAUUCACCUUUCAGAUGCAGAGUUUCACAUUCACCUACAAGACACAUAAGAUCGCGUUCACCUCUAAGACAUGGAGCAAGUUCCUAUAGAGAGUCAUGUCCUCCAUCAAGGUACAGGGGAGGCUUCCACAGAAACAGAGAGUCAUCAUCGCCACAUUACACUGAGGAUCCUUUAAGUGACAGAGGAUCACCAUCCUGGACAUGGGAUGCAGAAGACUCACUGGCCAACAGAAGGUUGAUAUCUGUGCUUCAUGAACAGUAUUCCAUCCAGAAACAAGGACUUUCUCCUGAAAGCUUGCAAAGGUAUGGCAUUAAGCAUAGCCAUUACUCUGAGGAUUUGCGUAUCGAGUUCAUGAAUCCUCAAAAGAAGUCCAAGACAGGCUCUGAGAAUUAUGCUGCAAUUAGGGAUUCAGAAGGGCACUGUCACUCAAGGGAGCAACACUCCAGGCCUGAAAUGAGCCUGAGGGACGAGAUUUUGUCCAGAGAUAGAGGAACACGGCUAAAGGAAGGAGGUUCUAGCACAAGCAGAACUGGACAUGGCUCCAGGGCCUCAUCACAGCACACAUCUCCCUCACAUUCUGACCAUCAUGUCUCGUUUCGUGGUAGACUUACUCCAAGUCUUGAGUCUCAAGGAUCUGUACCUCAUGAAGGAUCAGUUGAGGCUCUUAUUACCAGGACGAUAAGGCAGGAAUCAGGCUUUGAAAGACCAACAUCACACAGCAAGAAGAAAAACAUUUCACAAAGAUGGCAACAAGUGAAGCGUGAAGAUGAACUGAAACUCCCAUUGGCAUUUGGCAAAGGAGCUAAGAAAACACUGAAAAUAGAUGAAAGCUUUAAUUGGGAUAAAGAUUCCCUUUCAGCUGACACCAGAAACAACCAGAGGAGAGAAGACAGAAGAGCAUUAGAAGUGAAUGUUUUUAAAACUGAAGAUGAUGCUGAUGAUGAUGAUGAUGAGCCAAUUAUUGACCGGCCAGAAGACUACCUCAAUGUGUCAAGCACAAUGACCAUGUAUCGACCAUCCUUUGUGCCAGACACUCAUGACAGAGAGAAACUUGCUGGCUUAGUUAAAACCAAUAGAUUGUCACAGUCUCAUGAGGACUUUAGUGUGGCUGGGCCUUCUGGUAUCAUAAGCUUGCCUACUCCUAGUGGAAAAGAACAGGAUAAUUCUCCAUACAGGUUGAAUGGCUCAGAAUGUGAUCGAGUAAUAGAAAACAUAGACAGUGUUGUGCCUCAGGUCAGCACAUCAAGUGUAUCCCUGGAACCUGGCCCUUCUGGAGUGACCACCUCAGCAAAGUCUGAUGUAUUUGAUUUAUCAUCAGCUCUUAAAGAGGUAACUGCAGAGGCUGCCAAAAGUGAAGAAGAGAAAGCAAUUUUGACCCUUAACUCUGCAGAAAUGAGUACUCUUUUGACUUUGAUAAAAUUAGCAAAGAACCAUGUGGCAACUGGAAAAGAUCUCCCCUCAAACUUCUCUCAAGUGUUGCAGACUGGUGGUGGUGCCAACAACAGUGAGACAGCUGAACAACAAGGGAAGCACAGUGGAGAGAACCAACAGCAGCCUAGCAUUUCUCAGGUCAGUGCUAACAUGCAACACAAAGUUAUGAGUGAAAAUGCCAAAGCUUCUGCUUCUGAGGGUGUUGACAUAGGUGAUAUAGCUGAGAGUGAAAAGAAGGGCAAAGCCACUGCUUCUGAGAGUGCUGACAUGCAAGAGAAAGUUCAGAGUAAAAAUGUCAGAACUACUGCUUCUGAGGGUGAUGGCAUGGAUGGCAUAGUUGAGAGUGAAAAGAAUGGCAAAGUCACUGGUGAGAGAAUUAGCAUGGAUGGAAUAACUGAGAGUGAAAAGAAUGGCAAAGCCACUACUGAGCAUGCUAGCAUGCAUAACGUAGCUGUUAAUGAAAAGAAUGCCAAAGCCACUAUUUCCACUGAUGAAGGGAUGGAUGACAAAAUUAAAUUUAUAAAAUAUACCAAAGCUGCAAUUUUUAAAAGUGAGAGUAAGCAAGACAAAGCAGAGAGUGAAAUGAAUACCAAGCCCACUUCUUCCAAGAGUAACACCAAGAACAACAAAGACAUUAAUGAUGGACAAAAUGCAAACCAUGUUGCAUCUAGAAAGAACAAGAUUGACAGAAUUUCUAAAGAUGAAACAGAUGAGAUUGUCCUUGAAAAGAAAAAGUCAGAUGAUCACUUCUCACAGUCCAAAGCUGGUAGCAAGCAUCCACAGAGUAGGAACAAAGUUCAAGGAAGCAAGACAGAUAGCAAGCUACUGAAAGUCAGGAAAAAUCCUAAGCUGUCUCCAGGGGAGAAUGUAGCACUAGAAACAACACUAGAAAAGGGCAAAGGAAAAGGACAGUCACCAAAGAAGUUAAAGAAUGUGAAAAAAGUAUCCAGUAUUAAAAAGAAAAAGCUUCAACUGGAUGAGAAGAGAGAAUUUUCAAAGAGUGGCACUAAAAGUUCUGUCAUUGGAAGAACCUUCAAACUAAUGCAGUCCGUCAAAGUGGAUCUCUCUGCUUCUCAAGAAACUAUUGCUUCAUGUAAGAGAGCAAAGCACCACCAGGGGAUCACAAAUCUUGAAAACCCAAAGAAGCAGCUGAAGCAAGUGGAUAAGAGAAUCUUUAUGGAUGAUUCUUUUUCUACUGAACCAAAGAAAGACGAGUCUUCUGGAGCUGGUAAACAGCCACAAGAGAUGCAUCCACUGUACCAAGAGACCUCUGUCCCAGACCAUUCUUUAAGUGUAUGUCUUGCUUGUAAGUGCAACCUUAAACUUGAUGAAUUCACUACUGUCUCUCUGAACACUGGUACUGUCACUUUGAGAUGCAGAAACUGUCACACUUGUAGAAUAAUGGAGAACGUGUUGUCACUGCAAUGCUACUCUGGCACAGCUAAGUCCAAAAAUGUUGCCUCAAAAAAAAGUGAAGCAUUGGGGCCUUCAGUAGAAAGCAAUAAUAGUAAAAACAAUAAAAAGGUGAAUGUGACAGCAUCUUCAGAACAGAGAAAAUAUGAAAAUAAAAGCAAGAAAGAUGGAUCCCUACAAAGAACCAAUUCUGUUCAGGAAGCAAGAAAGAAAAAGGAAGAUCCUGAACAAGUAGUAAAUAAUAUAAAACAGAAAAAGGGAAGAACUCCAGCUUGUCAAAAAGUUACAGAAGAAAAGGUCAAGUUGGUUGAUGCUCAAAAUGCUUCAAGAACUGUAUUAGUUUUCAGGGAAGAUAAAUGCCAAAGUGACAGGAGUGAUGCUGAAAAAAGCUCAUCUCCAAACAAGGGCACACACACCAGGAUGAGUGAGAAAGAAUUAGCCGAGUCUGCCUCCAAUGAUCCCAGCCUUUGUGCAUUCCCUUGGUUAUCAAGCACAAAAGUAAAGGGACUAUUUGAUAACCUAGAGUUGAGAGAGAACUCUCCUGAUGAAGACAGAUUCAUCAAGAAAAAGCAGAUUGAAAAGUCAUGUGAAAGGAGGAAAACUUAUGUUCCCUCUGCAAAAAGAAAACAUAAACAUGAUAAGACCACUGCACAUUCUAGCAAAUCCAUUAAAGUUGUCAAAUCCACCACAACAACCAAGGUUAAUGAUGCUGACUCCAAGAUGAAUGGCAGAAAGUCAGACACACCUGUGGCCAGGACAACCACCAAAUCUGUCACAGCCACAACACUCACCCAGUCAUCUAUGUCCAAUGCAACUUUCAAAACAACAAUGCAUCCAGAACCUAAUGUAACUUCUGAAUUAGUAACAACCCUUAAAACCUGUCUGGAAACCAUACCCAACUCUGAAACUAAGUCUACACCUGAAACCAAAACCAGCCCUGAAACCAAACCUGUCACUGAAAUUAAAGCUACCAUACAGACCAGAUGUGGCUCACUGGCCAGAUCAGCCACACACACCGAAAUCAGCAUGUCCUCUGAAUCCAGCACAAGCCCCACAUCAGACACAGAAUUUUAUGGCUUUUGAUAUUAGAGGCAGUGUGGACAGUGACUGCAGAUACAGCUUCCACUACCAGUGUGAUGACAAAUCCAAUACCACCACUGAAUUGGUUGUAUCUGGAACUUGGCUGUGCUGUGUGUUAUUCGCUUCCACACUCUUGCCUGUCUGUGUCACAUCAUGUGUUGUGCCAUCCAAGACCAUGCUGCUGCUUCAUACUGCUCCUCAUUCCAUCUUAAUAGUAUAGAUAUGAGACAAAACUGCAGAUACAGGUUUCACUGUCAAGACAUAGAAGCAAACACAGAAGAUGGAUUCCUAGUCACCAAGUAAUGCUUCUCAACACUGCUCUCUUAACACUCAACACUGCUCUCUGCUGGUGUUGGGCAUCUUAUAACUAGUUAAGGCUUUGUAACUUGUACUACUCAGUCUACUCUCUUGGAAUAAUUAUUUUGUGGAAAAAAUUAUUCUGGAAUAAUUUACUUCUUAAAAUCAAGAGAGUAUAUAUGCGUCUUGAAUUAGUUGCUGUUGUAAAUUCUCAUUUUUUAGAUUAAAAUUUUUUUUUCAUAGUUGCAUUAAGUUAUGGUGUGUUCUUGACAGAUAUUCAGUUAUUCACGAAAUGAAGUUGUCAGAUAUACAGAGUAGAUUAAGAGGAACAGUCAUCAUUUGUGUGGAUAUUAUCAUGAAUGAGUGCCAGAGCAUUGACUCCCUCUGGAGAUAUUAAAAUGAAAAAAAUUAAUACUGUCUGUAUACUGAAAACUGGUGCCUGCAUUUGUAAUUGAUUUUCUUUGAAAUGGAUAUUGAGAUGAAAAUUGUGUAAUGGAUAUGAUGGAAGAUUAUUGAUUGUACAUUUGUACAGAAGUGUAGUUGUGGUAUUGUAUUGCAGUUUUGUUUGCCAGUAUGGCAGUAUGCAUGGUGACUUGCCAGUAUGGAAGCAUGCAAGGUGACAAUCUUUAGAGCACCUCAUAAUAGAUAACACAUUAAUUAUGGACUGACUGUGUGGUGGAAUAAUUUGCCAUUGAUGGGAAGUGCAAGUGUGACAGGUGUGGAAUAAAAGCCAAUUUGUUAUUUGGUGUGUGUGUGUGUGUGUGUGUGUGUGUGUGUGUGUGUGUGUGUGUGUGUGUGUGUGUGUGUGUGUGUGUGUGUGUGUGUGUGUGUGUUAGGCAGUAAAAACUUUUUUUUUUUUUUUUAACCCUACCAUGCUUCCACUGGCCUGGAUAGCCAUGAUUUGAAUAUGUACUGCUGAAUGAUCUAUCUUGUAUAGUAACCCAAAUUGGUUGGAAGGCAUCGCUGUAAUGACUUGGAUACACUGAACCUUUGGUAACUAAGCCUUUCCUCUCUACUGUAUUAAAUUUAGUGUUUGACGUGAGUGUUACUUGGAUUCAAAGUCUUCCUUCCAUUUUAACAGUUCUAUUUUUUAUAAAUAUCCAACAGUUCAUCCUGCAGGUGCCUGCAGUAGGCACCUGCCAAAACGAUAACUACUCCCUGUGAGGUCUAAAGCACUGGAUCAGGGGGUGCUAUGAACUUAUCUUUAAACCCAGCUGUGACCUCACUGAGCAUUUCCCUCUGUGUCUCACAACACAUGGGGGAGGGGGACCAUCUGGGGAGGGGACCACAAAUGUCCCCAGGUCUGACUGUCCUUCUGACAACAACCCUAAGUGUCUUGACACCCCCCUUAACUUUUUCUUCAUUAACUUCUGCAACAUUUGCAGUCUAAGAUCUGAUUUUCAAUCUGUAGAACACCACCUCUCCUCUUCUAAACCUCCUCAUCUUUUCCUCACUGAAAUUCAAGUGUCUGAGGCAACUGACAGUAACCCCUUUUCUCUUCCCUCCUACUUUCUCUAUCCUCAUUUUCAAUCCAAAGCUGGAUGUUGCAUUUAUGUGCGCAAUGACUUAACCUGCUCUCGUGCCCACACUCUUGAAUCUUCUGAGUUUUCCACCAUCUGGCUACGACUACAGUCGCCCUCAAACUAAAUUUAUCUGUGCUGUAUACCUCUCACCUAACUCCUCUGACUAUAAGAAAUUCUUUAACUUCUUAACUUCUAAAUUAGAGCACAUUCUGACUCAUUUCCCUUUUGCACAGAUCUCCAUUCUUGGAGACUUCAAUGUUCAUCACCAGCUUUGGCUUUCCUCUCCCUUCAAUGACCAUCCUGGUGAACUAGCCUUCAACUUUGCUAUCCUCCACGACCUAGAGGAAUUGGUGCAACACCCUACUUGUAUUCCUGACCGUCUUGGAGAUACGCCCAACAUUCUUAAUCUAUUCCUGACCUCUAAUCCUUCAGUUUAUGCUGUCACCCUCUCUUCUCUGUUGGGCUCCUAUGAUCACAAUCUCAUAUCUGUAUCUUGUCCUAUCGCUCCAAUCCCUCCUCUGGAUCCCCCUAAGCAAAGGUGCCUCUGGCAUUUUGCCUCUGCUAGUUGGGGGGACCUGAGGAGGUAUUUUGCUGAUUUUCCUUGGAAUGUCUACUGCUUCCGUGUCAGAGACCCGUCUUUGUGUGCUGAGCGUAUAACGGAGAUGAUAAUGUCUGGCAUUGAGGCGUACAUUCCUCACUCUUUUUCUCGACCUAAACCUUCCAAACCUUGGUUUAACACAGCUUGUUCUCGUGCUAUACAUGAUAGAGAGGUGGUCCACAAAAGGUGCUUAAGCCUUCCAUCACCAGAAUCUCAUGCACUUUAUAUUUCUGCCACAGAAAGCCUGACUUCUGAUCUUUCUAAAAUUUCUGAUUGGGGCAGAGCAAACUUGGUAUUGUUCAAUGCCUCAAAAACUCAAUUCCUCCACCUAUCAACUCGAAACAGCCUUCCAGACAACUAUCCCCUCUUCUUCAAUGACACUAAACUGUCCCCCUCUUCUACACUGGAUAUCCUCCGUCUGUCCUUUACUUAUAACCUGAACUGGAAACUUCACAUCUCAUCUCUAGCUAAAACAGUUUCUAUGAAGUUAGGCAUUCUCAGAUAUCUCCGCCAGUUUUUCUCACCCCUCCAGCUGCUAACUCUGUACAGGGGCCUUAUCCGUCCAUGUAUGGAGUAUGCUUCACAUGUCGGGGGGAUUCCACUCAUACUGCUCUUCUAGACAGGGUGGAAUCAAAAGCUUUUCGUCUCAUCAACUCCUCUCCUCUAAUUGAUUGUCUUCGGUGUCUCUCUCAUUGCCGCAUGUGGCAUCUCUAGCUGUCUUCUACUGCUAUUUUCAUGCUAACUGCUCUUCUGAUCUUGCUAACUGCAUGCCUCCCCUCCUCCUGCGGGCUCGCUGCACAAGACUUUCUUCUUUCUCUCAACCCUAUUCUGUCCACCUCUGUAAUGCAAGAGUUAACCAGUAUUCUCAAUCAUUCAUCCCUUUCUCUGGUAAACUCUGGAACUCCCUGCCUACUUCUGUAUUUCCACCUACCUAUGACUUGAAUUCCUUCAAGAGGGAGGUUUCAAGACACUUGUCCUUCAAUUUUUGACUACCACUUUGGACCCUUUUCUGGGACUGGCAUCUCAGUGUUUUUUUUUAAAUUUUUUAUUGGAUUUUUGUUGCCCUUGGCCAGUGUCCUUCCUACAUAAAAAAAAAAAAAAUUCUAUAGCAAUAAUGUUUGUAGAAUAAAUUCAUUGCUAUGCAAUAUUGUUAUUUAGAACUGGCUGAGUUAAUAGACUUUUCUAUCCCCAUGUGGAUAAGGAUUUAUCUUAAGAAAAUAUGAAUCUUAGGAUAUUCACUUUGUAAAUGUCAGCAGCAACUUUCACAAUAAAGGAGUAAAUUGU